GAGUGAGUGUGAGCAGCAGGCAACGCACCACAGCACUUUGACGUGCACACAAGAAGCAACGACAGUCUUCGCGGAGUGAUUAUUGUUUUCUUCUGGUUUAUUCGUGGAAUUGAAGGACUACCAAGACCAUCGGAUAGAGAGAGGUUGUGGAUGUUUUGUCCCGUGCGUCUUUUAUCUGGACGAGGAAAGAGCGAGCAAACCUUGUGGUUUUGCGUCAGGGGGUGCGUCACGCUACUCGCCUUGUGGGAUGCGUAAGCAGCAGCAAACAACAACGGAGCUCGAGCUCGCUUUAUUAUGCAUUUGUUUCCCCAGCACUACCGAAUCGUCGGCGACCGGAACAGGGUCUGGGUGCAUUUCUGUCCCUUUUGGGAUUACACAUGGCUCAGAUCUCCGCUUUAUUGCUGUAAUCAUCGAGGCGGAGUGCUGAAGUGAGGAAGUGGGAUGUGGCCUGCCUGUAUUUCAUGUGGUCGUCUGAAAUGGGAAAAUUAUAAAAGCAGCACUUCGGAACGUCUGCGUGGUCAUUAUUUCGGAUCUCCCACACACAGCAUCGUUAUUGAGGCUGCUCUGUGACUCGACUGUAGACAUGUCGCGAGGGGCUGCCUGGAUUCUUCUGUGUCAGAGUAUGUGAAAUAUAGCUCGCGCGAGCGCCUGAUGUCCACUCCCAUACGGACGAGCCACUGAAAACAUUUUUGAGUCCAACAAGCUUACUAAUGUCGACGACACAGCAUCGCAUGAUGGACACAUCUCUGACACUGGACAGACUGGAGGUCACCGGUUCGGUCGUAGGCAACCGUGGGUCUUGUGGGCCUGGACCCGUGAUGAUGAGAGAGAAAGGCGCCAACAAGACGACGACAGGUCACACUCACCUGAAUGGAUGUGUGCCGCUGACACAUCAGGUGGCUGGUCACAAGUAUGGCGUAGACAAAGUAGGAAUUCUGCAGCAUCCCGAUGGGACUGUCCUGAAGCAGCUUCAGCCUCCCCCGCGAGGACCCAGAGAGAUGCACUUCUACAGCAUGGUCUACUCGGAGGACAGCAGAGACCCCUGCCUGUUGAAGCUGCAGCGCUACCUUCCCACGUACUACGGCACCUGGUCCUCACCUGAGGCCCCCUCCGAGCUGUACCUGCACCUGGAGGACGUGACGCGGCGUUUCCGGCGGCCGUGCAUCAUGGACGUGAAGAUCGGCCAGCGCAGCUACGACCCCUUCGCCUCGCUGGAGAAGCAGCAGCAGCAGAUACGCAAAUACCCCCUGAUGGAGGAGAUCGGCUUCCUGGUGCUGGGCAUGAGGGUGAGUUAACACACACACACACACGCACACGCACACACGCA